AUAAACAAAUUGUACAUACGACAAUAUAUAUUUAAAACAUUACUCAAGUUAUACAUUAAAAUACUAUAAAUAUCGAAAAAAAUUUCAAUUUUUUUAUAAUUAUCUUCUAGACACUAUAGUUAAAGUUUGCUGUCUUACAAUAAGGGUUCUUAUUUUCUAUCUCCUAAGGAAAAAUAAAAACCUUCAUAAAAGUGUUACAUACAACAGCAACAGUAAAAAAAAUUAAAAAGUACAACUCAUAGCAAAUCGGAGCAUGAUGAACGACACAUCUGUUUUCGUACAUUCAUCAAAUUUUCAAUUUUUAUCCAUUUGUCACUAUCUUAACACUCUGGGAAUUAUUUUUUACAACAAAGGUCUCAUUACAUUGAAUCAGCGAAAUCAGUCUGUUCCUGUACUAAAUACUUAUUUCAAAUACCUUGAUAAUUCAAACAAUGUAAUCGAAACAAAACUCCAGCUUCUACAAACAAUAUUAAAAGGAACCGAUCUUUACGGUGGUGACGAAAAUGAAACACUCGAUACAAAAUACGUAGAUGAAACAUAUCAGUACAUCAUCCACAAUGCUCUAUUUUCACACUAUGGUAAUAUCAACGAUUAUUUAGCAAAAAUAAUCAACAAGGCAGAUAAUACAUCCUAUUCCACGCUGAUGAAAACUAUAAAGCAGGAAUUCUUUAACAAUUACACAAGUAUAGAUUACUGUUCAAAAACAAACGAAAGCCCGAAACUUAAUUUUUUGUCAGCUAAAACAAUUUUUUUUGAAUAUAUCCUGCCAAUAUUUCCCGAGCCAGAAAAUAAAGAUAUGAACAUAACGGAAGUGGAUUAUAUGUACGCAAUGGCUGGUUUGAAAAUUGUCAAAUCCAUACUUGGAGAAACUCUAAACGCUUCGUUUGGUGAUUUAAUUUCAAUUACACGAGAGUUUGAUUUACAAGAGGCUUACGGUAACGAAACUUAUGAAAUAAUGUUAAAUGUUUUCUCAACACCGGCACUAUUUUUUUACGCCUCUAAGAAAAAAGAAACAUUCAGAGAAAAAUAUCAAAUUUCAUCAAAUAUAGAAUUUUGGACUGAAGCUUAUAAGAUUUUAUUUUCAUAUAUUAAUGCAAGAUUAAAUAAUUUUGUACAUCAAUUUUUUGACAAUAUUCUUCUAUACAAACUUGAGAAGGAAAUGAGAGAAUUAAAAAAUCGAAGAUUAUUGGCAAAAACUAUACUAGAGAAACAUUGUCCCAUUCCUUAUUUUAAAGAACAUGAAAAUGAAUAUGUGACAAACUAUAUGUCAUAUUAUCAUUUUUUUAUAAAAAUAAGUGUUCCUUCUGGUUGUUCCGUAAAAAAUCUACCUGAAUUGCAAGUUGUCUAUGAAAAUCAAUUUAAAAAUGUACGAAAGACAUAUAAUGAAAUUCAAAAAAUCAGAAUUAAAAAAUUUAUAGUAGAAAACAAUUUUGAAGAAAAACUGAAUUCAAAUGUUACUGUGAUGGUAGCAAGAGUACUUUACGAUCCUUCCUUCGUUUUUGUAUUCAUUCCUAUCAUCCUUCCUGCAUUCACCGAAAAAGUAAAAAAACAAAAGAUGAACGAUGACAUUUACCUAUUAUUUUCAAUACAGAAGGAAAACAAUAAGCCAGAAUUUUACGCAAUUAAAGAGGAAAAUAAAAAUUUAACUUUACUUACAAACAGUGGGAACGAGCAAAAUUUUUCUAAAACUGUUACUAAUUUACUCUCUUUCCCAAUAGAGGAUGGUGAAUAUUAUACUAUUCUAGAAAAAUCUAAUGCAAAUAGCGAAGCAUUUGCUGAGAGAAUUGCAGAAAUAAAGACAACACAAUUUGUAAAUCAGCUAAUGGAAGACUAUAAAAAUGAAACUACAAAAGAGAAGGUUUUUACUUUUGUUAAAGCACUUGUACCAUUUUACAAUUGUAUUGAAAACAUAAUAGGAAAAAACAUAGAAGAUGCAGUUAUGAGUUGUUCUCUAGAUGUUCUCACCCUGAUCCCUGUAGCGGGUCUUGCUGCAAACUAUGCAACAAAAAUAACCACCAGCUUAGCAACUAGAUUAGGCGAAAAAUAUGUAAUCAGUACAACCUUAUCAAGUGCCACUAAAUUUAAUUCAUUAUUCCAAAUUUCAGAAUUAAUUACUAAAACCGUUGCGCAGGAAAUUUUUACCAAGUUUUUUUUAAAAGAUUUAUCUAUUACCUUUCUACGAGUUAUAGAUCCUGGAUUUGAAUUAAUCAACAGCUUAGGAAAGUUUGGCUACCAAAAAUUGCACAAGAUUUAUAACACUAUGAUUCAAAAAAUUCCAAAGAUCAAUACAAAUUUAAAAUUGUUAUUAACAACUGUGUUAAAAAAGCUUAAUACGAAUAUGAAACUGUCAACAUUUAAUGGUCUGAUACCAAAGGUUGUGAGAGAAGAGAAUAAUUAUAAACUCGUUCAAUACUAUUAUCCGAAAGGUGAAAAUUUCUUUGGACCCACAUGCAUAUCAUCAUUUGGAAAUACUGCAGAACUAAGAACCAUUGAAGGCAGUUCACUUCAAGUUCCCGUGUUGCCAGUAAAAGAUAACAUGAACAAAAUCUCCUAUCGUAAAUAUAAUCCAGCAACUAAUGAAAUUUCUGAAAUAAAACUGGAAAUGGGAGAAAAUGAUCUACUCCGAAGUAAUCUACCUUAUCUUGAAGAUACGAAAAUAAUACCAUACAAAGUUAAUCUGAAAACACAACAAGUAAAAGGAGGUUUGCCGACUAAUGAUAUUCCUUCAACAUCAAAAGGAUUCGACCAACUUCUUUCUCCGGAUACUUUGCCAAAUGUUGAUAUUUCUGGAAUGGACAGAAAAGAGCUUUUUCGGAGACUUAUGCCUUAUCUAAAUCUAGAUGGAGAUACGAAAAUAAUAAAAGAUUAUCAAGUUUAUCAUAAUACGAUUGAAUGGAAUAAGACACCAAACAACCCAGGUACGUCACGAGAAAUUGUGCAAAUAAGUGGAAAUACUCUUGAUACUUCAAGGCUAGCUGAAGAAUUAGUUCUAAGUAACCCUCUAUCUAGAGUUAUAUAUGGUGAACAAAAAUAUCGUGAAAUGUUAUUAUCUUUAGAAGAUUUAAAACCUGAAAAUUGGGUUGAUUUACACAAAAAUAAAGACAAAUUAAUAACAUUACAAAAAAAUUUAGAGAGAAUACGUUUGAAUCAAGACAUAGAAAAGUGUGAAAUGCCAAAAGAACUGUGGUUUAAACAAACAUUAGACAAACCACAAAUUGUUGAUAAUUUGAAAGCAAUGAAAGGAGAUUUUUAUUUUAAUGAUAUUACCCUAUUGACAGAUAUUCGUCCAAGUGAAAUUAAUAUUGUUAAUAAAAAAUCAAAUUCCAUAACAGAAGUUCGUUAUCACAUGACAAUUGAUUCUCAAUAUGGAAUUGUUGAUUUAGCAGCAUUUGAUAAGAGUUGGAAAAACCAAUUUGUUGUUUAUCCAGAACUCACAUUUUCGGUAGUAAAUGCUGAAUUCAAAAAUGGAAGGGAUUUCUUACUUUUAGAACUAAAACAAAGGCCAAUAUUGAAAUUGGAUUGGCAGAUAUAUAAAAUAAAGUAUAAUUAUUUACUUCACACUAAAGAAAUAUCUACACUUACAAGAAGUGUAGAUAUCGAGAAUGCUGCCAGCCUUAUCUCAUUAAAUACUCCUCGGCAUAGAUUAACUGAAAUGGAAGAAAUGUUAAAAGGUUACAUUUUAAGAAUCGAUCCAAUUGAAACUCGUGUUCCUACUUAUGAAAUGUUGGCGAAGGAAAUAAAUACACGUAUUACACCUUCUGAAAUAUUUAACGAAUGGAAAAUAAAGAAUCAUAUUUUUAUUGACGAUGUACUAUUUAAAAAGUCUUUAUAUCAGGUUGAAAAUUUGGAAGAUGCGAAAAAAACUAUAAACUAUAUUUUUGAUGGGAUUCAUUUACAGAAUAUUAAAACUGUGUUUGAAAGUUAUGAGUUAUUUCCAAUUCGGCAAAAUAUGCGAUUUGAGGAUUAUUAUGUAUUGUAUUCACAUUUUGCAAAUACUUUACCACAAAGUGCACCUGCACAAAGAAAAUUUUUAGCUUCACUAUACAGAUUAGCCCUUAGACAGUGUGAUGAUAAAUUUAUUACAAUUCCAAAAACACUUUAUCAUGCUGUAGAAUUAAGUAUUGAAGAAUUGUCACAACUACUAUUUACUCAAGAUUAUCUUGGUCGUUUUAAAAUGAAUCAUAGGGCUUUUUAUUCUAAUGCAGAAAAUGCUUUAAAAAAUACUCCUAGAACUAGUGAUUCAAAGAAAGUAGUAUUGUAUAAAUUGGAAAUUGAGAAUCCAUCUGGAAUAGUGCACAUUGAUCCUUAUUAUUUCAAUGUUCCCAUGGAAAUGUAUUAUGUUCCUGAUACAAUAAGUUUUACAUAUUACUGGCAAGUAGACAAACCUGUUAAAGAAUCUGAUUUUAUUACAUUGCCAAUAGUCUAUAUGGACAUUGUAAAAGAAAAACGAAUGGUUAGAUUGGUAAAUGAGUUAAAUACAUUAUUUUCAACCAAUGAUAAAUUUUACGCUAAUCUAAAUUCACUGAAAAAUAAGCCAGCUAUUGAUUAUCGAAAUGCGAUUGAAAUUAGACAACCAAUUGUUAAAAGUGGUUUACCAAGUGAUAAUAUUCCGUCAACUUCAAGAGAAUUUGGAAAACUUACUUCCCAGGGUAAUUUGCGAAUUAAUGAUGUUUUCGUUAAAGAUAAAUUAUUAAAAGAAUUAGCAAACAUUGAUUAUACUGAGACAUUACUGGAGUUUGAAAAUAAAGGAAUUGCUGGUUUGAAAGACAGUAAAUCAAAUUUGUAUAAUGUUCGAAGCCUUGUCGAUUCAUUAUCAAAUAUACAAAAUAUUGAAACUUCCAAAUUUAAACUUCCAACAAAAUUGUUUAGUCAAACAUCAAUGAAAAGCAUUUUUGUUAGUGAUUUGGAGAAAUUGAAAGGAAAAGAAUUUUAUUUUAACGAUCUUACAUUUUUGAGAGAUAUUGCACCAAUUGACUCUAAAAUAUCAAAAUUUCCCUUUGAAAAAGAAGUACGUUUCCACAUAACUAUGAAUUCUCAAUAUGGAAUUGUCGAUCUUUCUGAAUUUCAGCAUACUUUGAAAAACCAAUACAUUGUAUAUCCGGAACUUGAGUUUACUGUACAGAAUACCCAUUACAUUAAUGGAGAUUCUAUUUUGCAAAUGGAUCUAGUUCAAAAGCCAAUAGAAAAAGAAAAAUGGAUUAAAAUUAGAGAAGAGAGUUCAAAGUUACUUAACAGUAAAGAAGUGGGACAAUUAAUAAGAAGUUCAAGUAUUGAAGAUGCUGCGUAUUCCAUAUCCACGAGAAUACCCCUACACAGAUUCAGUGAUUCGAAAAAAAUGUUAAAAGAAUAUAUUUUAAGACCAGGUUCCAGUGAAAUUAUGGUCUCUUAUAAUUCAUUGGCAAAAUAUAUUUUUGAAACUGAUUCAAUUCCAAGUCUAUAUAAUUCAUUAAAAAUAAAAAAUAACAUUUUUAUUGAUGAUGUACUGUUUCAAUAUUCUUUAUAUGAAGUUAAAAAUUUAUUAUCUGCAGAGAGAAUCAUUAAUACAAUGUUUCCUUAUUGGGAAAUACAGGAUGUUGCACCUGUGUUUGACGCAUUCAAGAGUACAAUAGGAAUUCAAAAUAAUAUAAGAUUUGAGGAUUACUUCGUUAUUUAUUCACAUUUUUCUGGUAAUUUAAUACGAGAUAGACAUUGGAAAACAAGAUUAGAUGUUGCAUUUAAGAGAUUGGCCCUAAGACAAAUUGUUACUGGACAUUUUUUCAAAAAACCAUUUCCACUUUAUCAAGCACGUUUAGUUUCUAAUGAACAUUACAAUGAAAUAUUAGGAAGAGAAUUAGGUAAAAGUGUAUCAUUUAGUACAGAUAAUCCGUUUCAUAGAAUUCAAGAAGAUGCUUUGGAAUACAUCCCAAAUACCUCCGGUAAAAAAAUAUUAUUCACUCAAUUGAACUUAAAUAGUAUGGCUGGAAUUGCAUAUAUUGAUAGAAGUUUUAAAUUUCCAACAAAUCGAAGAUAUUAUAUUCCACAAAGUUUUGAUUUGAAAAAAUAUGGAAUAAUUAAGAAAACUAUUGAUGGGGAGAAUGUUGAUUUUAUUUUACUUAAAGACGAUUCGUAUUUAGAUGAGUAUCGUAUGGUUAAAUUAGUAAACGAUUUAAAUGAAUUAUAUUCAUCCAAUUUAGUAUUUCACGUUAAUGAUAUUUAAAUUAUUGAAUGAAAUUGUUUUUUCAAUAUUAGCAGCCAUUUAAAUAUAUAAUUAUUAUUUACCGCUACAUCCUUAAUUAUAAGAUACCACAUUUCUUUUAUAAAAUAAAUUAAUUUUUAUAAAAAAUCGUAAUUUCUAACUACGUUUUCAUUUAGAAUUAUAUUAUAUUGUUAUAAUUAUUCAAAUAUUUAUAAAUAUGCAAUUGUUCCUCGGAGAGAUUUUUAACUCCACGAACUUCAAUUGAGGAGCAAGUUUUCAAAACCUGAUAAAUCCAUAUAUUUUUAUUUCGAGAAAUUCAAACAAAUGACUUUCCACACAUAACCACUAGAGUUAAUUUUAAAAUAAAAAAUUUAUAAUAAUUUAUUUCUAUAACAAUGUUUUUAUAUUCAAUACGUUAUGUUUCUAAUUGAACUUUGUCAUAAUUGAGUGAUUUACAGGUUUUGGUAAUUUUUUCUAAUAUAAAACAUACAAAUUGUAAAUCAUCUUGGUUAUGUCAAUAAGUUUUUAAAUUAAAAAUUUGUAAUUAAUAAAUUUUUUUCCUUAAAUUUAACAGUUACAGAUCGAUUUGUGAGGUCCUUAAAAUAUUAAAUUUAUGGUUUUCUCCAUUUUUUUGAAAAAUGGAUUUAUCAAGUUUUGAAAAUUUGCUCCUCAAUUAUUUAAAUAAA